AUGGCUCUUUAUGAGGCAUUAUAUAAGAGGCAGUUCCGAUCAACAAUUAGGUUGUUCGAGCAGGGGGAGGCUCGGCAGAAGAGUUAUACCGACCAUAGAGUUCGUGAUGUUAGAUUCAUGGUUGGAGAGAGAUUUUUGCUUUGGGUUUCACCCAUGAAGGGUGUGAUGAGGUUCGGAAAGAAAGACAAGUUGAGCCCUGGGUAUCAUACGCUAAUAAGCUCUAACACCGAUGAAUCUGCGCAUGAAAAUCCUUCGGAAACGGGGGAGAACUAUGAACAACACCGGUUCUUGUCAUUGGAAUGCCGGGAACGGUACUAUGCUGAGCUGAUUUCGAAGAAAGUGCUACCGAAAAGUGGUAUCGAUCUGGAUAACAUUCCGGAAUGUCUUCUCGAGUUCCAUCAGAGGCUUGUAGACCUGUUUUUCCCUCAACCUUGCAGAGCCAAUGAGCAAUGGGUGAGGGAGUUUUAA